ACACAAUCUUCUGAGUACUCAACAAAUGUUUAUACGUAGACCAUAAUCUAGAGAUCUAUAUUUUAUUCAGAUAGACCGGAAUGCCAUUAAUGCGAUCAAUAAUUGCAUUAAUUACAAAUGUUAAAUGCCAGGAGACGACAAGGAUUCUAUGUUCAAAAGUCCUCGAAGACCAAAACAUGUCAGAAUUAGAACCACCAUCCCCAUUAUUAAGAUCAUCACAACCUCCACCACCAACAAAAUCAGACAGUAGUAAAAGAGAGAUAAAACGGGAAGAUAAGAGAGCAAGAAGAAAACAAGUGCAGGAGGAGGAGGUGGAAGAAGAAGACGGUAAUAUGGGAUACAUGGUUGGGAAAACAGAGGACAAGGCAGCAAAAAUCCGAAGGCUAAAGAGUGGGUUCAGGAUUUGCAAACCCCAGGGUACGUUUCUAUGGCCAAAUAUGGCAAUGUCCCCUCAGCUGCAGGAUGACCCUUUUGUGGUCCCAACCCCACCCUCAGCUAAUUCCUCAACCACGGCUGCACCACGCCUGAUCUCACUCUCACCCUCCUCAAUUGGGCCCCACCCCACAUCUCCUGUUAAGCCAUUGGCCAGGCGUCCACUCACCACCACCACUACUAUCUCAAAUAUCACAUCAAGGCCUAAUCUCAUCAACCUUAAUGAGGUUCCUCCUCAUGGACCUUGCGACCUUGCUUUCUGUGGUACACUCACCUACCAAAGAAGGCACUCCAACGCUACCGCCUGCCAUGACUUGCCAAAUUUGGUAUGUGGAAAGCAAGAGAAUGAUGGUGUAGAAGGGAAGGAAUGCUCGGGGUCUGCUUCGUCUACUCCUUCAUGGUUGCUGAUGAGAGAUAAGUGGUUGUUGGAUCUUGCAACCUCUAAAUCAUCUCUGGAUCUAUUUUCUGAAAACGAUAAAGAGGGUGACAGAAGAGAGGCUUGCAUCCAUCAGAAGUAGUCAACAGCCAGAAGGUGUUGUUUCCAUAGAAAGUAAGAGGUUUAAGGUAGAAGUUGAUAGCAGGUACAGAGGUAGGGUAGCAAAACUAGACCGACAGAAAUUGGAAGAAAUAACUCUCUUUUCUGAUUGAUUGGAAAUUUCAGAUGGUUUUCAAGCUAUUUCAAGAAAGGGUUCUAAGAGUGAGUUAAGUCAGUGAUUUAUAAACAGAAAUUUAAAACCAAGGGACUCAAUGAAAUUCAAUUUUGUGUUUAAUAAUUAUGGGACCUAUUUGACAUUUUUUUUUAAAUUCACAAGCCUAUUAAAAACAAAAUUAUAGGACUUUGAUCCUGAGUUUAUAAAAAUGGUGAAGAGAUCAAAGACCUAUUAGAAAAUUUGAGACUUAAGGAACGUAUUUGGUACAAAAUUGAAAGUUUAGAAACCUAUUAAAAUCUCCAAAAAAAAAAAUUCAAGGACUAAACCAUUGUACCUAACCUAAACUAUUUGAUAUAAGAUAAACAAUGCUGAGAAUCCAAUUUCGGAAACCCAACCCCAAGUAUAUUUUGUUUCCCACGACAUUUUAGUUGUCUUGUGGAUCAGGAUAAGUUCUUAAUUAUCAAUUCAUAAUUCCGACUCCCCUAUUAUUUUAUUCUCUCCUACAGUAAUUAGGUAGGAUAAUAGUAUUUAAAUACUGCCGAAUUAUUUGCACAUAACAGUUGAAAUGGUCGGACUUCUUUGAAUUAAAGCAUGCAUGGAAUAUAUAACAAAGCAUUUGUAUUCUAUUGACUCUCAUAGCACAGGCAAUAUGAACAAUUCAAAAUGGGACUCAAGUUGUAAUGCAUCUCAUUCCCACAUAAUAAAAGCAAA